AUGGCGUCUUCGAUCAACAAAAACGCUCAACUUCCAUCUUGUCAUGGCUAUGAAGUGUACUCUCCAGUCCUCAAGUCCACAAAGCAACCCACGACUGACAGCAACAUCGAAAGCCCAGUCUUCCACCUGUUCCCUAGCCUCCCCGUGGAACUACGCGUCAAGAUCUGGACUGUGGCCCUUCUCAACGAGAUGACCUUUUACGAAACGCGAGAUCCUAAUAACGAGCACUGGGAACGCUACGCGGACAUUGACAUCCACAUCGAGUGCGACGACAUCCUUGUCAUGACAAGACGACGCUACCCAACUCUCUUCUUCGUGAACCGCGAAUCCCGGGCCGAAGCCGCUAAGAUCGAUGGUGGCAAAUGGUAUCCCUUGGGCAUGAAGAACACGAAUGUCUACGCCAGCGUUGAAAAAGACGUGAUUUGGAUUCAUGACUGCUGCGCAGACUUCCUUGAUUAUGAGGCGGUUAGCGGGCUUACGCAGUUUGAACUAGACACAGGUGAACUCUACAUCGGUUUAGAGUGUACUGAUGAUGAGUAG